AUGGCAUUGUUUUCAUGUGGGCUAUUAGGAACCUUCUUCCUCCUUUCUUCCUUCCCCUUGCUCGCAACCUCGGUGCCAUCCAGACGCCUCCCGACUACUCUCAACAGCAUAAUACAACAAUACUUGGCGUCGUACAACGCCGUGAGGUCGAAGCUCGGCCUCCCGCUCCUCCGAUAGAGCGGGGCCCUCGCAAGCUAUGCCUCCUGGUGGGCUUGCCGGCGACGAGGAGAUUGUGCCCUCCUUCACUCGAGCGGCGACUAUGGCGAGAACCUCUUACGGGGCGGCGGCCACGCUUGGAGUCCGCGGGAUGCCGUCGUCGCUUGGGUCGCUGAGGGCCCCUACUACAACUGCAGCACCAACACAUGCGCGCCAAGCCGAGAUUGAUCGCAUUACACGCAAGUGGUGUGGAGGCAGAGUCUCCGAGUUAGGUGUGCUAGAGUCACUUGCGGGAGCGGGGACACGUUCAUAACUAGUAACCAUGAUCCUCAUGGUAAUGUGAUAGGGCAAAAGCCUUUAUAA